AUUAAUAGAAAUUAUAACAGCCAGAAUAUCGACACUCGUCGUUGCAUAUGCACAGCGAUAAUAAUUAUGCUCCCGCGAUAAGCAUUCCCGAUAAGCGUGCACGCGCGAUCUUUCUCUGUCAAAUAAGUUUCUUGCGCGACUUUUCCUCGACCUGAAUUCCUGCGUUAGAACACUCCUUACAUCACUACUAAGGAAUACUGCUUGAGGAAUACGUGGCUUAAAAAACUUCUAUAGUGUGUAUCAUUGUGAAUUAACGAAUAAUCAGAAAUAACCUUGCCUCAGCAUUAGGUGAUUUUGUCUCUAUAGAUAAAAAAUAUCCUAGUCGGAAAAAGAAAACUAAAAGCCAAUUAUUUGAAGAUCAAAAUGCCUGUUCAUUUUGAAGGAGACAUUGUUAUUACGGGCAUUUCAGGCCGUCUGCCUGAAUCCUCAAACAUUGAAGAAUUUAAAGAGAAUUUAAUGAAAGGAAUAGACAUGGUAACCGAAGAUGACCGCCGUUGGCCAGCGGGUCUUUACGGGGUGCCGCCUAGAUCCGGCAAAAUAAAAAAUCUUAAUAGAUUUGACGCUUCUUUUUUCAAAGUACAUGCUAAGCAGGCACGCGCCAUGGAUCCGCAGCUUCGUCUUUUGUUGGAAGUGACAUACGAAGCAUUAAUUGAUGCUGGCAUCAAUCCAUCAAAUUCAAAAAAAUCGCGUACUGGCGUGUUUGUCGGUGUAUCUGUUUCGGAUGCAAAUAAUCUUUGGAAAACAGAAUCAAAUGAAUACAGAGUACUUGGAUGUUUAAAAUCAAUGUUUGCCAAUAGAAUAUCUUAUGCAUUUGAUUUUAUUGGACCUAGUUGUGUAGUAGAUACAGCAUGCUCCUCGUCCUUGACUGCUAUGCAUCAAGCGGUUAUCGCAAUACGCUCAGGAGAAUGCGACUCUGCUAUUAUCGGCGGAUUACAAAUAAUGCUUGAUCCAGCGAAUAGCAUUCAUUUUCAUAAAUUAAAUAUGCUGUCCAAAGACGGCAAAUGUAAGACAUUUGACGCCACGGCUAAUGGUUAUGUGAGAUCUGAAGCAGUGAUCGCGAUGUAUCUGCAGAAAACGAUGGAUGCACGCAGAAUAUACGCCAAGGUAAUAGGCACGGCGACAAAUACAGACGGCUACAAACCAGAAGGUAUUAUGUACCCGAACAAUAACAUUCAAUACUUGAUGUUGCGUGAAUUAUAUAACGAAGUAGGAAUCGAUCCGAGAAACGUAGUUUAUGUAGAGGCACAUGGUACCGGUACCCAAGCUGGUGAUUCUCAAGAAGUAAAUGCCAUCGAUAGACUAUUCUGCAAAGACAGAAAAACACCACUGUUAAUUGGCUCGGUCAAGUCAAAUAUAGGACAUACGGAACCCGCUAGCGGACUAUGCUCAAUUGCUAAGGUAUUGAUCGCAAUGGAAACCGGUGUAAUCCCCGCAAAUCUGCACUUUGCUGUUCCAAAUCCAAACAUCCCAGCACUAACCGAAGGACGUAUUCGUGUCAUCGACAAAGCCACGCCGUGGAAUGGCGGCCUCGUUGGCAUCAAUUCAUUCGGUUUCGGUGGCACAAACGCGCACGUUAUUUUGGACAGUAAUCCGAAAAUAAAUAUGUCAUUAAUGAUGAAUCCCAUUGAACCAAAUGCCAAAUGCCAAUUGCCAAAAUUAGUCGCCGUAUCGGGCCGCACAAAAGAAGCUGUGCACGUGUUAUUAGACAAAGCAAGCGAGCAUCGACAGGACAACGAAUUCUUGUCUCUUUUACACGCCAUACAUAGCAAUAAUAUAUCGGGACAUAACAUUCGUGGUUAUGAGAUACUUGCUCAUGACGGUAUACGCGAAAUAACUCAGCAGAAUUAUGAUGAGAAAUGCCCUAUUUGGUUUGUAUUUUCCGGCAUGGGUAGUCAAUGGUCAGGCAUGGGCCGCGAAUUACUCAAUAUUGAAAUAUGCCAUCAAAGUUUGAGCCGAUGCGCGGAUGUAUUGAAAAGUCACGACAUCGAUCUAAUGAAUAUUAUAAUGAAUGGCACCGAUGAGACGUACGAGAUCAUAACAGUUGCUUUCGUAUCUAUUGUAGCCAUCCAAAUCGCUCUCGUCGACAUGUUGACAUCUAUAGGUAUAAAACCAGAUGGUAUAGUUGGACAUUCCAUUGGCGAAUUAAGUUGUUCUUACGCUGACGGUGCGUUUACGCUAGAACAAACUAUUUUGGCAGCCUAUUACAGAGGUAAAUCGAUCGUAGACUCUGACUUAGAACUAGGCGAUAUGGCAGCAGUCGGUUUGAACUGGGAAGAAACUAAAAAAAUAUGUCCAUCCGAUAUUAGUUUAGCAUGUCACAAUUCUGCGGAUUUGGUUACUAUUUCUGGCCCAUCUGAAUCAGUACAUAAAUUCGUAGAAGUGCUAAAAAAUAAAGAUAUCUUUGUCAAAAUGGUUAAAUGUUCCGGCAUCGCUUUUCAUAGCAUAUAUCUUGCGCCGAUUGAAUUCAAGCUGCGCGCCAUGCUCGAUAUAAUUAUACCAAAACCAAAACAAAGAUCUGACAAAUGGAUCUCCAGUUCAAUACCUGAAACCGCGUGGAACAGCUCGCUUGCACAAUUUAGCUCAUCGGAGUAUUUUGUGAAUAAUAUGUUGUCACCCGUGCUUUUUAAAGAGGCAAUUGCGCACAUCCCGGAUAACGCGAUAACUAUCGAGAUCGCGCCGCAUUGUCUGUUGCAAGCGAUUUUACGCAGAUCGCUACCAUCGACAGUGAUCAACGUCAGCCUUCAAAAGCAGAAUCAUUCAAACAAUCUGAUCUUUUUGCUGUCUAAUGUGGGGAAGAUGUACAUGGCCGGCGCACAACCCGAUAUUCUCAAAUUGUAUUCGGAUUCAAUAAUUAGUUUUCCCGUUGGACGCGGAACACCGAUGAUCGGACCUCUAAUCAAGUGGGAUCACUCUAGUAUAUGGGAAGUACCUGUUUACAAGCACAAAUCAGAAGGAUGGUCGGGAGAGCAUAUUGUGGAAAUAAAUCUGUUUAGAGAAGCCGACGCAUAUCUAGCGGGACACAAAAUCGAGGGGCGAAUUAUUCUUCCGGGUUUCAAUCUCGCGCUGAUAGUUUGGAAAACCUUUGCAAAAUUACGCAACAUUUAUUUCGAGAAACUGCCGGUAAUCUUUGAGAACAUAUGGUUCCAGCGCAUUACCUUCCUACCGGAGAAGAAACCGAUCAAAUUAUCAGUAAGAAUCUUUGAAGAAACAGGUGAUUUCAUAGUUCGUGAAGUUGAUUCAGUAGUCUUCAGCGGAAACAUACGUGCUGCCGAAUCCAUUAAGAAAGAUGAAUUGAAUCUGCCUUUAUUACCGAUUCCUCCUACCGACAAAGAGCUCUUAUUGCCGUUAAGCGCCAAAGAUGUUUAUACAGAACUAAAGCUGCGCGGAUACGAACACAGCGGUUAUUUUAAAGGAAUAAAAUCCUGUGACAAUUAUUGUACCGAAGGCGAGAUAUUCUGGUUCAACGAAUGGUCCUCAUAUAUAGAUAAUAUGUUUCAGUUCAAUAUUAUAUCCAAUGACCGGAAAUUAGUGUAUGGAUCAAAAAUUCGAUACGUUCAGAUCGAUCCUGUUCUUCAUAAACAGUUGGUCGACAAGUUACCAAAAGACGGCGGAUUGCCGGUAUAUCAAAACAAGAAAAUCGAUAUUAUCAAAUCUGGCGGAAUCCUAAUCAGAGGUAUAAAUAAUAUUGUAUCUCGGCGACAGCACCUUCAAACUAAACCCAAGUAUAAACGUUACACAUUUGUACCUUAUGAAAGUUCGUGCAACCUAAAUAUAGAAAAUCAGACGAGAGAAAAGAUGCAUGCACUCACGGUGUUGUUACAAAUUAUGUGUGAAAACUUAACGACGUUUAAAAUUAAUGCUGUUGAAAUUGUGAACAAUCAAGCCUCAAGUAGCCUCUUAAAAUCAUUUGUAUUAGAUAUCAUCCAUGAUAAGCCUUUAUUUACCAUUAAUGUGGAUGUCAAGAAUAUCAGUGAUUACAUAAUUCGUUUUAAUCAAAUGAACAUGAAUAUUAAAGAUGUAAUGCUGGAAGCGAAUGAUGCAACCCGAGCUCAGAAUGUACAUCUUUUCAUAGCGGCAAACGUACUGUCUGAACAAUCUCACACUAUGCUAAAAAACCUGGCUGCGGAUUUAAGAUCCAAUUGCUUUAUUCUUUUGGAAGAAACUACUAUACCACUCGACUUAAAAUCCAUAUUAAGGGAGGUGAAUUUGACGGUGGCCGGAAAACAAAUCGGCUCCUCGGGAAAGAUUUAUCUCUUGUUAAAAAAGCGAGGGAAAGGAAGAAAAUCGAUCGUCGUAUAUAUCACAGAAAGAGAUUUCUCAUGGUUGGAGAAUGCAAAGACAGUGUUAAGAAACUUUGACAGCAAGAGUGAAGAAGUGCUUUUUGUAUCUCAAGGCGAAGAGUCAAGCGGUCUGAUUGGAUUUAUAAAUUCCAUUCGGCACGAGGUUAUAAACGUGCGUUAUGUCUUCAUUCAAGAUAGUAACGCUCCUAAAUUCGAUUUAUCCGCAGAGUUUUACGCUGAGCAAUUGGAUAAAGAAUUAUCGGCUAAUGUGUUAAAGGAAGGUCAAUGGGGCAGCUAUCGGUAUUUGCAAUUAAAUUACAAUGGCGAUAUGCAAGUAGAACACGCUUGUGUGAAUAUACUGAAAAUAGGAGACUUAAGUAGCUUGAAAUGGAUUCAAAGCCCAUUAACGUACUAUCAAACCAAAUAUACAAAUACACUUUGCAGUGUGUAUUACGCGUCGUUAAAUUUCAAGGAUGUUAUGCUAGCGACCGGUAAACUAUCAACAAACACCGUCUCAUUAUCAGGGAUAGAAAAUUUAUUAGGAAUUGAAUUCUCCGGGAGAGACGCAAACGGUAACAGAGUGAUGGGUAUAGUUAAGACAAUGGGAUUGGCCACCACUGUACUACCGGAUACCGAUUUUCUCUGGGAAGUACCCGACAAAUGGACAUUGGAACAGGCGGCAACAAUACCGGUUGUUUACGCGAUCAGUUACUAUGCUUUAUUUGUACGAGGUCAAUUGAAAGCGGGCGAAAGCGUAUUAAUUCACUGCGGUGCGAGUGGUGUCGGCCAAGCGGCAAUCGCCAUCGCGCUGCAUGCCGGCUGCACGGUCUUUACUACUGUCGGCACGCUGAAAAAGCGGCUGUAUCUCAGGAAAACAUUUCCGCAAUUGACUGACAAGCACAUCGGUAAUUCCCGAGAUACGAGUUUUGAACAACUGAUUCUUAACGAGACUGAGGGAUAUGGAGUCAAUGUGGUACUGAAUUCGCUUGAAGAAGAAAAACUUCAUGCUAGCGUACGAUGCCUCGCAACCAACGGUCGAUUCCUCGAGAUUGGGAAAUAUAACAUGUUAAAUGGCAAUCGUAUAGAUAUGUCGAUAUUCAUAAAGAACAUAGUUUUCUACGGUAUACAUCUGGAAACGCUAUACGAGGACUGCGCGGAUAAGCAAGAAACGAUUAGACUUGUUUCAGAGGGAAUCGAGAACGGUGUGGUGCGUCCGUUGCCGACAAAGGUAUUCCAGAAAGAAUACCUCGAGCAGGGAUUCAAAUUUAUGACGACGGGAAAGCAUAUUGGUAAGAUAUUGCUGAAGAUUCGGGACGAGGAGCAGCAGAAGAACGUGCUACCGGUGCUAAAGAUGGUAGCGGCUAUUCCGCGUACCUAUAUGAACCCGGAAAAAUCAUACAUAUUGAUCGGCGGUCUCGGUGGAUUUGGCCUAGAAUUGACUAAUUGGAUGAUCGACCGCGGCGCAAGGUUCAUCAUUCUCGUGUCCCGUUCUGGUAUACGCACCGGUUAUCAGGCAUUCCGCGUGCGAUACUGGCGUGAGAGAGGAAUAAAAAUUAUUAUUUCUACGGCAGAUAUCACGACAUUAUCAGGUGCUGAACAUUUGAUUGACGAGAGUAACCGGCUGGCUCCGGUAGGCGGGAUAUUUAAUCUGGCAGCUGUACUACACGAUGGCUUCUUUGAGAAUCUGCAGAUAGCCGAUUUUGAAAUAGUAACUUUGCCAAAAAUCAAUGGUACAAGAAAUCUGGAUGCGACGUCGAAAAAAUCCUGUCCGUCAUUGGAUUACUUUGUUGUGUUUUCGUCUAUAUCGUCUGGCCAUGGCAAUCCGGGUCAAUCCAAUUACUGUCUUGCAAAUUCAGCUAUGGAGAGAAUGAUGGAGCAGAGACGUGCCGCUGGUUUGCCCGGUCUUGCUAUUCAAUGGGGUAGUAUCAAAGAUAUUGGCUUAUAUGAAGAUACAAAGAAUAAGAACAUCUAUACAAACACUAUUUUAAAGCAAAAUAUGACCAGCUGUCUUGAAACCAUGGAUAUCUUUCUUCAGCAACGGUACCCGGUAUUAUUAUCCAUGGUAAUAGCCGAGAAAUUAGUGAUUAACAGCGAUAAAGUUGACUUAGAUCAAAUAAUUUGCAAUAUCCUUGGUAUUGAAAAUGUUCAUUCGAUGACUCCAGAUGAUAACUUUGAAAAGUUGGGUAUGGAUUCAUUAGCUUACAUGGAGAUAAAGCAGAUUCUUGAAAGAGACUAUAAUAUUAUGUUAUCAUUCCGAGAGAUGCGUGCCUUGACUGUAGCAAAAAUACGAGAUUUAAUAGCCGAACGGCAAACGCCAUUCUCAAAUUAGAAGAGAAUGCCAAGAGGAGUCAGCCUCUACAUUAUAUACUUUUCAAAUUAUUGAAUAUUUUUCUUUUAAAACUUUUUUCGAUGGCUUUUCAAUGUGUAUGAAUAUAAUCGGAAUUACAUGAUUUAAAAAAAUGGUGGUGGUAUGGUAAUGGUAUAAUUUUAAAAAAUUGUUACGGUUAUGAUAUAAUUUUAAAAAAACAUUUGAUAGUAUUAAUCAUAUAAUACUAAUUAAUAAACAUUGUGCUCUUGAAAUUUUUUGGGGUUGAUUAUCUCUAUCAAAUUUUAUAACAAAUAAAAAUUCAAAAAUUCUUUUUCUUAUAAUAUUGCAGUUUUCUCGAAAGUUUUUAAGGAUCUCAUUUAAGUCCUUUGUUGUUUAAUAUAUUUAUUAACGACUUAAAGCAAAUAUUUAUUUACUCUAAUUUUCUAUUUUAUGCCGACGACUUACAGAUUUUUUGAGUUACUAAUUUGAUUGGUGCCUUUUAUCUACAGUAAGAUCUUCUUAGAUUUGAUUGAAACAUAAUGAACUUUAAUGUAGACAAAUAUCGCUUGGUACAUUUUUGAGAUGUAAAAGAAAUAGUUAUUUGUAUAAUUAUAUUUUUAGCAAAACUUUUCUCUCGGUCGUUGAUUCUAUUCCUAAUCUUGUGAUUUCUUGUAAUGUCCUUUUUUUGAGAAACAUAUAAAUUUCAUCAUGAAUACUGCAAAUACUUAAAGAGACUAUCGAUUUUGUAAAUCGAUCGUGUAAAUUAUAAAAAAAAAUGUUAAUACUUUAAAGUUAUUGAUAACAAAUUUAAAAAGGCUUUAAAUAUAAAUAUUACAAGACGGUUAAAAAAAGGGCUAAUAAGAGCGGGAUGCAAAAAAUUAAUACAUCAUUAAUUUUUAAAAAUGCAAGUCAUUUUUUUCUUUAAUGGACGUUUCAAUCCUUUCUUUGGAUCCACUUCAACAAAUUGAUUUAAAAAUAUUCGUGUGUCUUGACAUUCAGCUUCACCUCCCGUCUCCGCAGUGAGUCUCCUACCGGUUCCAGCCGUUAAGAGAAGACCACAAUAUUGAACAUUAUAAAACAAAAUUAGUUGAAAACAAGACGGAGAGCUGAGAACGUGAAAGCACUGUGAUUUCCAGUUCUUAUUAGCCUUUUUUUUUAAACGUGUUUAAAAUUAUUGUACUCUUGUGAAACCGUAUUUAGAAUAUGCCUCAAUCGUCCGGAAUCUUUAUUUCACAAAUCAAUAUAUUUUGCUUGAGAAAAUUUAACAUCUUUUUUUCUUUGUGUUAAUUAUAACCGUUAAACUUUUUUGAACACAAUUAUAUUUGUUUAUUAAAAAAAAAUAAGAAACAGAAACAUGAGAGAGGCCAUUUUUUGAAAGACGCUUUUUCUAGCUUGUACAUAAGCUAGAUCCAUUUUAAAGGCGGUGGAACUAUAUGGGUACCAUGAUAAAACGGCCGGUUGAUGCAUGUCCUCUCUCUCUUCCUCUCUCUCUCUCUUGACAUGAGAAAUGCUUAGAUAUGCAUGCGAGAUGUAAAGAGAUAUAAAAUAGUAAAAAGAAUAUAUUAUCUGAUUUCAAUAUGUUGAACACAAUUGAAAAUUGUUUUUUGUAAGAGUGCAUUCCGAUAAAAAAAAACAUAACGGAAUGAAACAUUAACAGAAAGAAAAUUAAGUGAAAGGCUAACCAACCAAAAUGAUUCCGCUUCAAUUCAGUUCGGCUUUUCUGUAGGUUUUCCAUGGCAAAUAUUGUACGGGACGGAAUUAAAACGGACAUAAUAGUAUUCAUAAAUUGUAUAUAGUAACCUGUAACAAUCUGUGUGAACUUAUAAUUACAUAUAUAAUUAUAUGGUAAUAAAUUAUAUGUUAAUUCAUUAUUAAA